GCUUCGCCUCGACGUGCCGGUUUUUGAGCUUUGAUAAAGUGAAAUUUGCAAAUUGAAAAUAAAACCAGAAGCAUUAAUUAAACAUAACAAAAUGUGGAAGAGUUUAAGCGUACUAAUGCUGAUUGGAUUUAUCGAACUGGCCCAGGCUCAGCGGCCAUCCUUUGCUGGCGCACGGCCGCCGGGCGGGCUCAGCCAGAAGGACAAGUAUAACGGCGCCCAGAACACGGCCGUGGAGAACAUAUCUGGCGUGGACAUUGCCACACGCUUCGGCUCGGAUGCAGUGCCGCAGCAGUCGCAAACAGUCAACUUGGCCUACGGCGCCUCGCAGAAGCCGCCAGUGGGCGUGCCCCUCGUGUUCGCCGUAAGCAGCAAUGAGCCCGUGGUGGCAUCGAGUGUGGUGCCGGCCACCGUUGACGUGGCCAACCGCUUUGGUGGUGCUGCUUCUGCUGCCAGUGCCCGCCCUGUGGUCAGCACCCAACCCAACGCCAGUGGGGCGAGCCCUCCACCCACUCCAAGUGUCGUCAGGCCCGUGGCGAAUGCUUUGCCCAUCGAUGCGCAUGGAGAUCAGAGCUAUGUUGACUACCUGAGCCAGCUGCCCCAGGAUAAUCAGCCAUUCUGGUUCCUCAACUACCAGGCCAUCGAGGCACUGAGGAACAGCUCGAGGCCGAAUGUUGGUGCUCUGGAGACGCGGGGAUCUUUCUUUGCUGGCUAAAGCUCGUUUCCCAACCAC